AUGCGCCAGCAGCAAGGGGUCAGCUCGGGAGUCCUGCAGCAACAGCAGCAGCAGAAUAGAGAGCACUUUCAGCAGCAGCAACAGCAGCAAGAGCAACCGCAGCAGCAGCAGCAGAGUGGCUCCUUCACCUCUCGAAGUCGCAUCGAAGUU